CUCCGUCGGAUCCGCUGCGAGCGGGGGUGGGGCAGACCGGAUUCGGAGAGGUGCCCGUUCCUCGGUUGGGGGGGGGAGUGUGUGGGGCAGCGGCUCAUGUCCCCCUCCCUGGGAACGCCACCCCCCCCAACUCCCCCCACCAAAUGGACGACAAGAGGAAGAUCCCGAUCAUCGAGUGGCAAGACCUGGACAAGCGCAAGUUCUACGCCUUCGGGGUGCUGAUGACCAUGGCCAUCCGGGUCAGUGUUUACCCUUUCACCCUGAUCCGCACCCGCCUGCAGGUGCAGAGGGGCACCAGCCUGUACGCGGGCACCUUUGACGCCUUCGCCAAGAUCCUGCGGGCCGAGGGCCUGCCAGGCCUGUACCGGGGCUUCCUGGUCAACAGCCUCACCCUGGUCUCGGGCCAGUGCUACGUCACCACCUACGAGCUGACCCGGCAGUACGUGGCGCGCCACAGCGACAGCAACGCGGUCAAGUCGGUGAUCGCGGGCGGAGCGGCCUCGCUGGUGGCGCAGAGCAUCACGGUGCCCAUCGACGUCCUCUCGCAGCACCUGAUGGUGCAGGGACAGGCCAUGGGCCGUUUCCGGGAGACGGCGCCCACCAGCAGGAGGAUGGGCAGCGCCAAGGAGGUGGUGGUUCAGAUCCUGCGGCUGGACGGCCCGAGGGGCUUCUACCGGGGCUACACUGCAUCGCUGCUCACCUACAUCCCCAACAGCGCUCUGUGGUGGCCAUUCUAUCACCUGUACACAGGUGGGUACUAUCCCACCCCCCUCCUCCUCCUGACCCUGAACCCCCGUUCGCCAAGGGACCCUUUCCACCCACCCCCCAACCCACCGCGGGUGCCCGUCCUCAUCCAUUACCUUCUGCUGUUGG